UCUCCACACUGAAGCACCAGCACCAGGCCACGACCAUGGAUCUCUCUAGAAAUUAGAAAAUUAAAAAAAAAAAAAAACGAUUUAAUAAAUACGAAGCUGAAAAUGGCUUUUUUACGCCACGUUACCCCUCACUCUCUUACUCACUCCCUUCACUGCUCUUCUCCUUUCUCUUCUAAAUUCUCUCCUCUCAGAACUCGCUUGUCGUUCUCUGCCAAAGCGACCGCUGUAAUGGCUUCCUCUGAUAAGAAGGUUUUGGUGCCGAUUGCCAAUGGAACGGAGCCGAUGGAGGCUGUGAUAACUAUCGAUGUGCUAAGGAGAGCCGGCGCCGUUGUCACUGUAGCUUCUGUUGAGAAGCAGCUUCGAGUUGAAGCUGGUCACGGCGUCAGGAUCAUCGCCGAUGAUCUCAUUUCUGAUUGCUCCGACACCGAUUAUGAUCUCAUAACUUUACCUGGGGGCAUGCCAGGUGCUACAAACCUUAAAAAUUCUGCUGCUUUAGAAAGCAUGGUGAAGAAGCAGGCUGCAAAUGGGCGACUUUAUGCAGCAGUUUGUGCUUCUCCUGCAGUGGCUCUUGGUUCAUGGGGCGUGCUUAAGGGAUUGAAAGCAACUUGCUACCCAUCAUUUAUGGAGCAGCUGCAAUCUUGUGCAACAGCUGUUGAAUCAAGAGUGCAGCAGGAUGGUGUAGUUGUCACAAGUCGUGGACCUGGCACUACCAUGGAGUUUGCUGUUGCACUGGUUGAGCAAUUGUAUGGGAAAGAAAAGGCGAAUGAAGUUUCCAGUCCUCUGGUGAUGCGUACCAAUCAUGGAGAUGAAUAUACCAUAAAGGAGCUAAAUCCAGUGAAGUGGACAUUUGACAGUAUUCCUCAGAUUCUUGUGCCUAUUGCUAAUGGUACAGAGGAAAUGGAAGCUAUUAUGAUAAUUGAUAUACUAAGACGUGCUAAAGCCAAUGUUGUGGUGGCCUCUGUUGAGGACAAGCUGGAAAUUUUGGCUUCUCGUAAAGUUAAACUGGAGGCAGAUAUGCUCCUUGAUGAGGCUGCUAAGCUUUCAUAUGACCUAAUUGUCUUACCAGGUGGGUUGGGUGGUGCCCAAGCAUUUACAGCCUCUGAAAAACUGGUAGAUAUGCUAAAAAAGCAGAGGGAAUCAAAUAGACCAUAUGGAGCAAUAUGUGCAUCUCCAGCUUUAGUAUUGGAGCCUCAUGGCUUGCUCAAGGGUAAAAAAGCCACAGCAUUUCCCGCAAUGUGUGAUAAGCUGUCAGACAAGAGUGAAGCUGAAAACAGGGUUGUGGUUGAUGGCAACCUCAUAACUAGUAGAGGGCCUGGAACGUCGAUGGAGUUUGCCUUGGCAAUAGUGGAGAAAUUCUUUGGACGCCAGAAAGCAAUUGAGCUUGCAAAGACGAUGCUUUUCACACGCCCAUAGAGCUUGUGUCUGUGUGACUACGUGCCCUCUACUAUUUGGAACAUGAUAAUGCUAUAGAGAGAGACUUGAAUUCCAGUUGCAGUAUGAAUUCAGGUUGCGGUUAUAGUGUAUAACUUUGUGUUGGUAAAUAAAUAAGUUUAUGAGGUCUGCAAAAUGAUUUAGAGUCCCCCAUUUAGCAGCAGUUUUGAGGUUCCAUGGAUAAGCUAUUAAAACAAAACAGUGCCAACUCUGGCCAAGAGAGCAGCCUUCUCAUGGAUAAGCUGAGGCCAUCUUCUUUCCAAGAGUUGUAUGAAAUUGGGUUGCGCAGUUACUGUCAUGAAAAAUUAGUUCAAAAGUAAAGGUAAAAUAAGUCGAUUGCGAGGCAA